GGUGCAACUUCAGUUCCCUAUUCCAGCCUCCUAUUGCCCAUUCCAUCUUUAUCCCAGUGACUCUGAAGAUGCAAAGGGCUGGCAACGUUUUGUUCUAAUUCAGGCGCCUCCCAAUUUUCUUGCUAUGGCCUCAGCAGAUGGAUGGCAGUAUCGGGCUCUUUACGAGUAUGCGAAGGAGCGGGAAGAAGACCUGGCCCUCUGCCCUGGAGACUUGCUCACAGUCAACAAGGCAGGGCUUGUGUGUGUGGACUACAAGGAGGGGGAUGAGAGGAACCCCCAAGGCUGGCUACAUGGCUUCAAUGAGCAUUCCAAGGAACGGGGAGAUUUCCCAGGCACUUACGUGGAGUACCUGGGCCCUGUGAGGAUUGUGGCUGCCACACCAAAAUCUAGGCCGAGGCCACUGCCAGUGCCUCCAACUCCCAGCGGAACAUCUUCCAGCUCUCUAGGGGGGGGCCCUGGGCAGGUGGAGUUUGUCAAUCAGUUAAAUCUCCCCGAACAAGCACUGCUGAUUGUAAUGAGACUUGUUGAAGCUUUAGAAAAAGAAGGCAUAGAUAAUGAAACUCUCUACCGAUACCCUCCCAGUUCCUUUUGUAAUGCUCAACUCAAACACAUGCUUCUGACAGACCUAGCAUUGAUUGAAUUGGACUCAUUUGAUGUGCAGACAUUAGCUGAAAUGCUCAGGUGCUACCUGAAGGAGCUCCCUUGCCCCGUGAUUCACCCAGGAAUAUACAGUGAAUUAAUCUACAUAGUUCAAGAAACACAGACCCUGGAAGAGUGUGGACAACAAAUAAAGAUGAUCCUGGAAUCUCCCUGCUUCCCUCAGUGGCACAGAGUCCUGCUACAACAUCUGACCAGGCAUUUCUGUAAACUGUGCCAGAAUGGCAGCAAGAAUCACCUCACACCCAGGGUGCUUGGAGAGGCCUUUAGUGAAGUUCUUUUUAAACAGUCCUCAUCAAGCAUGGAGGUGAAUCCUGAGCAUCAUGUGAAGAUCAUUGAGGCUCUCAUUGUAGUUGGUGGAGUAUCUGAGAUGCAGACAACACCAGCUCUUCCUCCAAAGCCCUCCAAACCAAUAAUUCCAGUAAAUACAAACGGGACAAAAGAAAAUGGCAGCUCAACACUGCAGGAUGCAGAAUGGUACUGGGGAGACAUCACAAGGGAAGAGGUAAAUGACAAACUACGAGACAUGCCAGAUGGAACAUUCCUGGUGCGAGAUGCAUCAACAAAGAAACAGGGAGACUAUACGCUGACACUGCGGAAGGGUGGCAACAAUAAACUGAUUAAAAUUUAUCAUCGGGAUGGAAAAUACGGUUUUUCUGAUCCACUGACAUUUAAUUCUGUUGUGGAACUGAUUAACCACUAUCAUCACGAGUCUCUCGCCCAGUAUAAUCCUAAACUUGAUGUGAAAUUGAUGUAUCCUGUAUCAAGGUACCAGCAGGAUCAGUUGGUAAAAGAAGAUAAUAUUGAUGCCGUGGGCAAAAAGCUGCAGGAAUACCACAAUCAAUAUCAAGAGAAAAGUAAGGAGUAUGACAGAUUAUAUGAAGAAUACACCAGAACAUCGCAGGAAAUUCAAAUGAAGAGAACAGCUAUAGAAGCUUUUAAUGAAACAAUUAAAAUAUUUGAAGAGCAGUGUCAUACCCAAGAACGAUAUAGCAAAGAAUACAUUGAACGAUUUCGAAGAGAAGGGAAUGAGAAAGAAAUUGAACGGAUUAUGAUGAAUUAUGAAAAAUUAAAAUCACGUCUGGGUGAGAUCCAUGAUAGUAAACUGCGACUGGAACAGGAUUUGAAGAAGCAAGCCCUGGACAACCGGGAAAUUGACAAGAAAAUGAACAGCAUCAAACCUGAUCUUAUCCAGCUGCGCAAAAUCAGAGAUCAGUACCUUGUUUGGCUUAAUCAUAAAGGAGUAAGGCAGAAACGAAUAAAUGACUGGCUGGGAAUUAAAAAUGAAAACAUAGAUGAUAUAUACUUCACAAAUGAGGAAGAUGAAAAUUUGCCACAUUAUGAUGAAAAGACAUGGUUUGUGGGAGAUCUCAAUCGCAUCCAAGCAGAAGAUUUGCUUUGUGGGAAACCCGAUGGAGCAUUUUUAAUUCGAGAAAGUAGCAAGAAAGGCUGUUAUGCUUGUUCUGUGGUAGCUGAUGGCGAAGUUAAACACUGUGUGAUUUACAGCACUCCAAGAGGUUAUGGGUUUGCAGAGCCAUAUAACCUAUAUAGCACCCUGAAAGAAUUAGUCCUUCAUUACCAGCAUACCUCCCUUGUCCAACACAACGACUCUCUCAAUGUCCGGCUUGCUUAUCCCGUCUACGCACAGAUGCCCUCCCUCUGUAGAUAAAUUCUAGGAGGGUGACGUAUAAAUGAAAUGUUGGUUUUCUUGGAUUUCUUUUCUACAGUUUUUAUUAGAAACCAGAGGGCAUUCUUUCUCCUUAGACUGCUUGUUUUGCACAAGAAGUGAUUUGAUGAAUGUGAAUUGGAGACCUAGCAGCAAAAAGAUCACAGCUUUGGGGUAGGUGCCCUGGUGCUACCUGAAGAUCAGCUGUGUUUUUAUAUAAGGAGAUUCUCUCUUUCUGUCUCUGUCUCUCUUGUUCUUCCUUCAAAGAACAAGUAAACUCUCUAAAAAUGCAUACAAAAACACCUAGAAGUGAAACUGUGGAGAGACACAUUUUUGCCAGGCGCCAUCAGCGGAACGUCUACUUGGAUUUUGUUUUUCUGAGGUAUUGGUAACGUCUUUCAGUCUUAAGCUCCAGGAAAAUGGGGGAAGUCUCUGUACAGAAGCUUUUCCCUGCUAAUUUAGCAGCAUUGCUGCAAGUCAGACAAACUUAAAAAUGAGGGCUCUUCUUGAUGUAGCAUGGUAUUUGGUGAGAGGAGACCAAAGGAAUUAUGGGGAGAGUUUCAGGUUCAUAUUUAAAAGAAUAUCCUCAAAGAAAUGUUGCUUUAUAUUUUACCAACAAUAACAAAGUUUUGGUUUCGACAGCACUCCAAGUCUUCAAAUAAAGAAACCAAAUUGAACCCACCAAAACUUCUCUCAUUGCUGGAUUGAGCACUUAUGGGGAAAAUUGCAUUGCAAUCGCACACUUGCCAAAACUUGAAGAAAAAAAUAUACAAGCUAAAACUUUCUUGCGUAGUUUUCAAAACUAACCUGACCUGAUGUAACUGCACCAUCUUCCCCAUUAUUACUUUUUUAAAAAAACAACAACCACACAACACAUUUCGUUUCUUCCAAGGAUGUCAGAUUUUGUUUUUAAAAGUUACUAAGCUUUGGAAUGUAAACCAGAAUGAAGCUGGCACUUGGCAUGUUUAUAAGAUGCUAAACAAUGAAUAUUCUGUUUGAAAACGUUUGUUUGUUAAGAUUUUAUUUUUUAAAAAGUGCAAUGGAUUGCUUCUCAGUGGCUUGCUAAACCAAAAAACAACAACAAAACUAUGGGUGCAAUCUACAUAUUGUUGAAACUGGUUACAAAACUAUACUUUUAAUGCAUUUGGAUUGCACCCUAAAUCGUUAAUUCCAUUGCACAGGUUGUAUACUUACCCUUAGAAUUCAUUGUUGGCUUACAUAUCAUAAGGCAAAUAUUUGGGUAGCUGAAUUCUGUGGGACUAGUCAAGAUAUAAAGUGGUAGAAUCUAUCAGUAUGUAAACAGCUUUGCUUGGUCUUCUGCCAUCGUCAGAUUCAUCUGGAUUAUAUGUGACGUCAAAUAAUGAAAUUAUAGCAAAUAGUGAGAACUGGAUCCACUAGACUGUGAGAAUUUGUGCUCCUAAAAAUGCUAUUUUGACUUCUUCUUUUUGUCACUACAUAUAUGCCCUUGUUGAUUCUUCAUUGUAAUUCCUAAAGAUUAUACUUGAGCUAGAACACUUGCUAAUGCAACAAGGAAAAAUAGGCGGAUUCAGCAUGAAAUCUUUCCUUUUUCGGGUGCAGUAUUUGAAGUGCAUGCCAGGGAGUUGGGACAUGGAUCUUUUCUGGCUCCACCCCACCUUCAGUGCCACCUUGAACCCCCAGACUGUUAGACUAAUGUUUACACAAAGCAGAAUGCACUAUAUGGGAGCAUAGAAGUAUUACACAGAAUAUAAAAUUGCUGAACAGGAAAAUGAUAAAUCUUGAGCACUAAUCAGUAGCUGGAGGGGCCAAACUAGAUUGCUUGACAUGUCCCAAAAGCACUUCUUUUGCACUAAUCUACCACCACUUAAGCUGAGUGCUGGCAAACCUGCUUGCAGCAGCAUCUUCUAAAAAUGGAACAGUGGUUUUCAAAAAAACUACUUCUUUAAAUUUGUGAGAAGAUAGUGAAUUACCUAAUGUGCCCCCCCCUCUCCCUAAACCUGGAGACCCUGCUUCCCCUUCAGUCACCAGCAAUAUUUUCUUUCAUUAAAUGCGGCUCUAGGUUUUGCCAGUUUAAAAAGCCAGCAGGGUGAUCCUCUGGAGACCUGACCUGCUUGCACAUCCUAAUCUGGUACAUGCACAUUGCUUCAUGUUCCCCAGUCACAAAAUCUUACCUAGACGACAAAGGCUCCUUCUCAAAAUCCACAGAAUGUUUCAAAGGCCACCAAUGAUAAAUCUUUCUAUUUAAAGUAUAACUAAACAAUUAAAUGAACUAAUUGGCAAUAUAAGGAAACCCCACCCACCCCAC